AAGAGGCCGAGGCCCGAGACAUAGAGAGGAUCUCUCUUCUCUUCCGUAGUUUCCAUCUCUAAUAAAUAGAUCAGAAGGUGAUAGAGAAGCUGAAAACCCGAAAUUUAUAGCAGAGAACACUCAGAGAGGGAAAGAGAUGGCUUGGCUUACUCGAUUUCUCGCCGCAGUAGCUUUCCUGGCCUUUGGAGUCCUCUUCUCUCCAGAAACCUUCGGAUCAAAAUCAGAAGGUGGGUAUUCGUCGAGGCUCUCAAUCUCUCUGAAGCUUGCUCAUCUCUUGUGUUUCGCUACCGCUUUUGGCUCUGCUCUUUGGGUUACCUUCAUUGGCGGAAUUAUCAUGUUCAAGAAUCUGCCGAGGCAUCAGUUUGGAAAUCUACAGAGCAAGAUGUUUCCGGCAUAUUUCUCGUUGGUCGGGGUUUGUUGUGCGAUAUCGGUGGCGUCGUUCGGUUACCUUCAUCCCUGGCGAUCUUCAUCCUCUACGGAGAAGUAUCAGCUUGGGUUUCUGAUUUCUUCCUUCGCUUUCAAUCUCACUAAUUUGUUCGUCUUCACGCCCAUGACAAUCGAGAUGAUGAAGCAGAGGCACAAGGUGGAGAGAGAAGAGAACAUUGGAGAGGAAGUCGGGUGGACGAAGAACACGGAAGUGGCCAAGGUUAAUCCAAAACUUGCUGCCAUGAACAAGAAAUUUGGAAUGAUUCAUGGGUUAUCAUCUCUUGCCAAUAUUAUGUCCUUUGGUAGCCUCGCCAUGCAUUCCUGGUACUUGGCUGGUAAAUUAAACCUCUAGUUAGAGGCCUUACGGAUGUUUUUAAUGCCUAGUGUUCAGUUGUUCUUCCCCCCUGUCAUCCAUCCCCAAGAGCCCCAGCUCUGUCAUCUGUGUUAGUACUAGGUUAGUGCUUUUGCUGCAGGUCGUGGUGAAUGGAUAAACUGUUUUUAUUCUGGUAAAUUGAUAAA